UGUUCUUGACUUGAAUGCAUUUGAGAGACAAAAUAAAGCAGAAGGCCUGGGAAUGGUUACUGAAGAAGGAACUCUCAUCGUUCGUGAGCGUGGUAUGUUUGGGUUUACAGUUUUCAAUAUUAUUGUUGCAAAAAUGUGUUGCAAAUACAGAGAGAAAUCUUUCAUUGCAUCUUCCCGGAUAUCUUUAGGUUUAGCUUUAUCGUCUGCAGCAGGUGAAAAAGUGUUGCAGCAUGAUGAAUUUACUCGAGAUCUAUUUAGAUUUUUACAACUGCUCUGUGAAGGGCAUAACAAUGAUUUUCAGAAUUACCUGCGUACUCAGAUGGGCAACACCACAACAGUGAAUAUUAUCAUUAGUACAGUUGACUAUCUCUUGCGUCUUCAGGAAUCAAUCAGUGACUUCUAUUGGUACUAUUCAGGAAAGGAUGUCAUCGAUGAAUCAGGACAACGUAACUUCUCUAAAGCUUUGGCUGUCACCAAACAAAUAUUCAAUUCCCUUACAGAAUAUAUCCAGGGCCCUUGCAUCGGUAAUCAACAGAGUCUGGCUCAUAGUAGGCUGUGGGAUGCAGUUGUUGGCUUUCUUCAUGUCUUUGCCAAUAUGCAGAUGAAACUUUCACAGGACUCUGCUCAGAUUGAAUUGCUUAAAGAACUGCUAGAUCUGCUAAAGGAUAUGGUAGUGAUGCUCUUGUCACUGCUUGAAGGUAACGUUGUAAAUGGAACUAUUGGAAAACAAAUGGUAGACACGCUUGUAGAAUCAUCUAGCAAUGUAGAAAUGAUUUUGAAGUUCUUUGACAUGUUCCUCAAGUUAAAAGAUCUGACUAACUCAGAGGCUUUCAAAGAGCAUGACCCAGAUGAAGCUGAUGAAAAUGAUAUGUUUAACUAUGUUGAUUUUGUGGAAAGAUUCCAUGAACCAGCGAAAGACAUUGGAUUUAAUGUAGCAGUAUUGCUAACAAACCUUUCAGAGCACAUGCCUAAUGAUUCACGCCUUCAGAGCUUACUUGAACCUGCAGAAAGUGUUCUUAAUUACUUUGAACCAUACCUUGGCCGUAUUGAAAUAAUGGGUGGAGCCAAGAAAAUAGAAAGAGUUUACUUUGAAAUCAGUGAAUCCAGUAGAAUGCAGUGGGAAAAACCACAGGUGAAGGAAUCCAAAAGACAGUUCAUAUUUGAUGUUGUAAAUGAAGGUGGAGAGCAAGAAAAAAUGGAACUUUUUGUGAAUUUCUGUGAAGACACAAUCUUUGAAAUGCAGUUAGCAUCCCAGAUCUCUGAAACCGAUUCAUCUGAGAGACCUGAGGAAGAGGAAGAGGCAGAACCUUGUUAUGUAGUGGAUAUUGGAGAUGAUGAUGAAGAGAAGUCCCUGGAAUCUGCUUCAGCUUUUGCAAUGGCCUGUGUUGCAGUGAAGAAGAAUGUUGCCAACUUUUUAAAAAUGGUUACUGUGAAGAACUUAAGGAAACAAUACAGGAAAGUUAGAAAGAUGACAGUAAAAGAGAUGGUGAAAGUGUUUUUCUCCUUUUUCUGGAUCCUAUUUGUAGGGAUGUUCCAACUGUUCUUUACUGUAGUGUGGGGAAUUUUCCAGAUUCUUUGGAGCACUGUAUUUGGGGGUGGCCUGGUUGAAGGAGCCAAAAACAUUAAAGUUACUAAAAUACUAGGGGACAUGCCUGACCCAACACAGUUUGGAAUCCAUGAUGAUGUUAUGGAAGCAGAAAAAGCUGAAAGUGCUGAGCAUGGCAUCAGAGCUGAACUUGUGCAGUUUGUGAAGGGUGAAAAGGGAGAAACUGACAUAAUCUCAGAAAUUUUUGGCAUUCAUACAAAGAAAGAAGGAGGCUCAAAACAUGGUCACGAUGCUGGACUUGGAGAUAUUGCAGAAAUCCUUGGUACUGAUAUCCAGUCAUCUUUGGAAAACACAGUUCAUAAGAAAAAAGGAUUACAGAUAUCUGAAAUUGCAAAAGAAGCUGAAACAGAAAGAAAAGUAGGAGCUGAGAAGGCUGACAUGGAAGAUGGUGAGAAACAAGAUAAAGCAAAGGAAGUGCAAUCUGAGCAGCAAGAAGAGGGAAAAAUGAAGAAAAAGAAGCGAAGGCAUGGACAAAAAAUUGAGAAACCAGAGGCUGUUAUGGCUAACUUUUUCAAAGCUUUGGAAAUUUAUCAAACAAAAAUGCUUCACUACUUGGCAAGAAAUUUUUAUAACUUGAGGUUUCUUGCUCUAUUUGUUGCAUUUGCCAUCAACUUUAUCCUUCUAUUUUACAAGGUGACAGAAGAGCCACUUGAUGAAGUAGAGGAAGACUCUAAUCUCUGGAACUCUUUUGAUGAAGAGGAAGAGGAGGAGGGCAUGGUGUUUUUUGUUUUAGAAGAAAGUACAGGUUACAUGGCACCUGCUCUCAGAGCACUGGCAGUUAUUCAUACUAUCAUCUCCUUUGUCUGUGUGAUUGGAUACUAUUGCUUAAAGGUCCCUCUGGUUGUAUUCAAGAGAGAAAAGGAGGUAGCUAGGAAGCUGGAAUUUGACGGACUAUACAUAACUGAACAGCCAUCUGAAGAUGAUAUUAAAGGACAAUGGGAUCGCCUGGUUAUAAAUACUCCGUCCUUUCCUAACAAUUACUGGGACAAAUUUGUAAAACGGAAGGUUAUUAACAAGUACGGAGACUUAUAUGGAGCAGAGCGAAUAGCAGAACUUUUGGGUUUGGAGAAAAGUGCCCUUGAUUUUAGUCCAGUGGAAGAGAGUGAACCAGAAGAGGCAUCUCUUGUAUCAUGGUUAAGCUCCAUUGAUACUAAGUACCACGUUUGGAAGCUCGGAGUUGUUUUCACUGAUAAUUCGUUUUUAUACUUAGCUUGGUACACAACUAUGUCUAUCCUUGGGCACUACAACAACUUCUUCUUUGCUGCUCAUCUGCUGGAUAUUGCUAUGGGUUUCAAGACAUUGCGAACCAUUUUGUCUUCAGUCACUCACAAUGGCAAACAGCUGGUGCUUACUGUAGGACUCCUCGCUGUAGUAGUGUAUCUUUACACUGUUGUGGCAUUCAACUUCUUCCGCAAAUUCUACAACAAAAGUGAAGAUGAAGAUGAACCAGACAUGAAAUGUGAUGACAUGAUGACGUGUUACCUGUUCCACAUGUAUGUGGGUGUAAGAGCUGGUGGUGGCAUUGGAGACGAAAUUGAGGAUCCUGCUGGAGACCCUUAUGAAAUGUAUCGAAUUGUCUUUGACAUCACAUUUUUCUUCUUUGUCAUUGUUAUUCUACUGGCCAUUAUUCAAGGUCUGAUUAUUGACGCUUUUGGUGAAUUAAGAGACCAGCAAGAACAAGUGAGAGAAGAUAUGGAGACCAAAUGUUUUAUUUGUGGAAUCGGCAAUGACUAUUUUGACACAACCCCACACGGCUUUGAAACACACACUUUGCAAGAACACAACUUGGCAAACUAUCUGUUCUUUUUAAUGUAUCUCAUUAACAAGGAUGAAACUGAGCAUACUGGCCAGGAGUCAUUUGUGUGGAAGAUGUACCAAGAAAGAUGUUGGGAUUUUUUCCCAGCAGGGGACUGCUUCCGGAAACAGUAUGAGGAUCAACUUGGCUAA